GAGCCUGUGAUCGCUAUCCAUGGUGCCAAAAACUAUCAGGCUAUCCAGUGAAGGAAUGUUAAAGAAACACAAUGAUUGAUUAAUGCCAUUAUCUGUUGGAGCAAGUUAUCAGCAAGUUUUUAUGGAGUAAACCGAGAGAAAGACCGGAAGAGACUAGAACAAUGUUAAAAUACUAAAUUUCUAUUGGUUGUUCGAGAUCCAGUCAACUUUAAUUCAGUUCUCAAGCCUAAAAGAGGAUUCAAUCAAUGGAAAAAGAAAAAAACAAGCAUAUGUGGUUCUUUCUCAGCACAGCCUCUGGGUGGCACUAUGAAAUCAGAAAACCUUUAAGAACAUUGUCCCUUCCCUUGCAAACCCUUUGUCUGAGCUGAGCAAAGCACUUGGACCAAAUAUACCAGCCGACAAAACCCUGUUGUUGGUUUUGUAAAUGUGUAGCCGUAAGCGAGUCGGUUAUUGCUCUUAGCAUUAACUGUGGAUUUAUAUGCUGUUGAAAAAUGAUGGAGACUCCAACAAGUCACUACUCCCGGUUUGCCUUUUAUUUGGCGUUGAUGCUGUAUUCCGGAAGAGAAGCUUUGGCUCAAAUAAGAUAUUCUGUUGCAGAGGAGGUGGAAGAUGGCACUGUUGUUGGAAAUGUUGCGAAGGAUCUCGGGCUUGAUGUAACCUCUUUGGGUGACCGACGGUUCCGUAUUGUCUCUGGAAGUGAGGACGGUAUUUUUGAGGUAAACCAGAAUAGCGGGGCAUUGUAUGUCAGUAAUCAUAUCGAUAGAGAGGAGCUCUGUCAGGGCAGCGGUGCUUGCCGCAUGGAGCUAAAAAUUCUUGUAGAGAACCCUUUGGAAAUACACUACAUAAUCGUAGAAAUUACUGACAUAAAUGAUAAUUCUCCUAGUUUUCCUGCAAGAGAGCAGACAUUUGAAAUAGCUGAACACACACUGCCAGGGAAGAGAUUUCAGCUGCACACUGCUCGCGAUCCCGAUGCUGGAAUUAACUCUAUUCGUACAUAUACUAUAACCUCAAAUGAACAUUUUGAAGUAAAUAUCCGUCAAAGUGAUGCAGGAAAGGUACCGUUUUUAGUGCUUAAGAAAUCACUAGAUAGAGAACAAAAUAAUGAACACAAGCUAGUGAUGACAGCUGUCGAUGGAGGAAAACCUCCAAGAUCAGGCACAUUAAAUGUUACCAUAACUGUUCUGGACAGUAAUGACAAUCGUCCAAUAUUUAGUCAGGAGAUUUAUCACUUGUCUAUAAAAGAAAACAUACCCGUCGGUGCAUCAGUAUUUAGAAUGAAUGCGACAGAUUAUGAUGAAGGUGCUAAUGGAGAAGUUGAAUAUACUCUCGGAAAAACUUUAUGGCAGAAAGUUUAUGAUAUUUUUGAACUGGACAAAACAAGUGGAGAAAUUACGGUCAAAGGAGUAGUGGACUAUGAAGACAACGACGUGUAUGAACUGGAUGUUGAGGUAUCGGAUAAAGGAACGCCUCCAUUGAUGGGCGAGUGUAGACUAAUUAUAAAAGUACUAGAUGUCAACGAUAACCCGCCUGAAAUCGAAGUUACAUCACUUUCAAACACAGUGCCUGAAGAUUCAAAGCUUGGCACCGUUAUUUCACUUCUUAGUGUGAAAGACAAAGACUUCGGUGUGAAUGGAAAAAUAAUAUCAAGCAUUAUUAAUGAAGUGCCUUUUGAAUUAAAACCUUCUUAUAAGGAAAACACAUUCUCAUUGGUCACUAAGGAUGUUUUGGAUCGAGAGGUGUUGUCCCAUUAUGAAAUAACAAUAAAAGCCACCGACUGCGGUGAACCUCCACUAUCUACUUUUAAAACUCUGCGCAUUGAGAUAUCAGAUGUAAAUGACAACAGUCCACAUUUCAAACAAAGUCCUUUAGAGUUUUAUCUCGUAGAAAACAACGCUGCUGGAAAGUCCAUAUUUUCUGUAAGCGCUUCAGACAAUGACUUACAUGACAAUGCAGCCAUUUCAUAUCACAUUGUGAGAGAGGGGAGCCAAAAUGACAUUAUUUCAUCCCUAAAUAUAAACAAUGAUAACGGACAAAUCACUGCGCUGAAAAGUUUUGACUUUGAAACGCUGAAAACUUUCCAGUUCCAAGUUGUUGCCUCAGAUUCUGGAACUCCGCCACUAAGCAACAACGUCACAGUCAACGUCUUCAUCCUGGAUCAGAACGACAACGCUCCAGUCAUCCUGUAUCCACUCAGCUCCAACGGUUCUGCUCAAGGUGUGGAGGAGAUUCCCCGAAACGUCAACGCAGGACACUUGGUGACUAAAGUCAGAGCCUAUGACGCUGAUAUAGGAUAUAACGGCUGGUUGCUCUUUUCCCUCCAGGAAGUUACUGACCACAGUCUCUUUGCUUUGGACCGCUAUACAGGACAGAUCAGAACACUUCGCUCAUUCACAGAGACAGACGAGGCUGAGCAUAAACUGGUAAUACUGGUAAAAGACAACGGCAACGUUUCUCUCUCAGCAACAGCUACUGUGAUUGUCAAACUUGUGGAGCCCAAAGAGGCUUUUGCAGCUUCUGAUGUUAAAAGUGCAGCAAAAGAUGAUGAGGACAGUAAUGUCAUAUUUUACCUCAUGAUAACUUUGGGCGCAGUUUCUGUACUUUUUCUCGUCAGCAUCAUCGUGCUGAUUGCAAUGCAGUGCUCCAAAUCCACAGACUAUACUUCUAAAUAUCUGCCAGAGACUAAUUAUGAUGGGACACUGUGUCACAGCAUCCAGUACAGAUCAGGAGAGAAGCGGUACAUGCUAGUUGGACCCAGAAUGAGUAUAGGAUCUACUAUAGUCCCGGGAAGUCAUGCAAAUACUCUAGUGCUUCCUGACAGGAGACAUCGUUCUGAAGAGGGCUUUUGUUUCAGAUUGAGGAGGGGAAAUCGCGUAUUAAAACCAAACCCACCAGCUGAUGGACGGUUUAUAUUUCGCAAAUAUGCUAUAACUUGCUGUUUGUCGACGCAGGGAGCUUCUGUGUAUGUAGGUACUGUUAAAUAGCUAUGAAGAUCACUACAGGAUCACGAACGAUGAACGGUUACUGGUUUGUUUUUCAUGUGGCCGUAUUGCUGCUUUUUGGGAAGGAGGCUUUUUCUCAGAUACGAUAUACUGUUCCAGAGGAGGUUGCAGAUGGAACUGUAGUUGGAUAUAUUGCGAAAGACCUGGGCCUUGACA